GCAUUUGUGUCGUUUACGUUAAUUAUUAUAUACUGUAUUUCAGCCAUAGUUUAUAUUAUAUUUUCAAAACAACACAUUACUCCGUGUCCAGGAGACGGUCAAUAAUUACUUUGCCAACCAGGACAGGAACGUUAACGUAACGUUAUGAACACUGAGAGAAAACAAGUCACCGUAAAGCUGCUGCUAACUGAAAUUAGCAUAGGUUAACACUAUGAGAACGUUUGUUAUUUAACGUUUCCUUCGCCACUUUAUCUUGACGUGUGUAGUGAGCAUUUUCUGGCAGCCAGCAUCUACACCGCUGAGCUCCUGUCCUGCCUGCACCGCUUCCGGUUUAAAUCUGUACCUGCUCGUGACAGCUUGAGAUGGAGAUAUUCCCCACGGCCCUGGAGAUCAAUUAGAGUAACCCAUUAUAUAAUGACCCCUGCACGCUCUAGCACCUCGGCUACAUUUUCCUGAGUAGCAGCUGAUGAGCGUCCCUACAAACGUGCAAAUGUCCUGGCCAGCUGCAAUUUAAUCUCCCACAAGGUGUCAGAGUCUCAGCUAGGUUGUUACCUCGCCGACCAGCCCCACGUCUAAAAUUACUGUGUCAUUAUCUUUCAGUGCUUUUUAAUGUGGAGUCACCGUCAGGCCAUACAUGACUUUGUGCACCAAGGAUCAAUAGACUAAUGCUAAUGAAUGGUACAUUUGACACCUUGAUGCAUUUCUAUGAUAAUUCAACUCAGACAUGAACUGGGACAAUCAGCUGAGCUCUAUCCUGUCAGUGGCAGAUGGCAGCGUUGCAAAGAUGAGGGAGAGACUGACCUCACCAGGGAAAUUCACCAAAGUAGAAGAAGACUUGUUUCCAGUGAAGGAUAGGGUUCAUGAUUCAGAUGUCGACCGUCCUGCUCUUCCUCUCCGGGUCCCCCCUCUCCGACAGCCUUCCCCAUCUCUCAGUCCUGGUGUUCAAUGGGCAGACCUUGCUGCUCUCCAGUCACAACUCCAGAUACAGAGCCAGGCGAUUGAGUCUCUCACUCAGAAACUCCACGACAUGGAAAGGGAGAGACGGUCUCAGCAAUGUCACAUCGACACACUACAAGAGGAGGUUCACAGGCUGAGGGAGAGGGAAAGAGAGAGGGACGAAUCGAGGAGGGGACAAAGUCCAGGAGCAGAGAGAAGGAUGGAGCAGUGGAGGAGAGAGGUCGGACGUGAGCUGAGCAGUCUGCGGGGACACAUCACGAGAGCCACGUCGCUAGGCAACCUGGAGGAGAGUUUCAGCUCAAAGCUUCGCCGGGAGGAGCUGGAGCACCUGCGGAGAGAAGUGGACCAACUGAAGACACGACUAAGAAGACAGGAGGAGGACGUGUUCCUCCACCAAGCAGAGGCCAGAGAGACCAGGAGACAGUAUGAACACAGCUGCAAGACACUGGAGGAGCUGACAGACAGCUAUAGAACUCAUAGCACUGAUCUGGCAAAGACAGUCUCUCAGUAUUCUCGCACGCAAGAAGAGGUCCGGCAGAUCAGAACAACCGUUUCAGAACUGAGGGAGGAAGUAAGGAGACUUGUUCUCCGAGAACGUGAACCAACACCUCUGCUGUCAGCGCACAGACCUGGGGCAUCACAACACCCACUCCCUCACAGCCCCGGCAGAGGGGUUAGAGUUGAAGAGCCGGACUCUGACUCAGAAGACUUUAGCCCAACCCCGAGCCUGGCUGAGGUCAGCUCAGAUGAUCUGUCUUGGCUGGAUGACAAAGAUCCUGCUCUUCAACAGAAGCCGCGAGUACGUCUGAGCGUUCAGUCCCGACGGAGUGACUUUGCUGGUCCGGAAUCAGAUCUGGAGGAUGAUGAUGAUGAUGAUGAUCCCCUUGAUGACGACGUGAACCCAGAUUUAGUAUCUGACCUAAGUCUCGAUGACCUCUGACCUUUUUUAAAGAUUUCCAAUUGCUAAUUCGUCUUUAAACAGUCUGAUCCCAUGUGGCACACCCAAUCCCCUGCUACCACAUUGUUCUAAAACAAACCACCAAAGGAUUCAGCAGAUGCUACCUGGUUGAUAUCUCUUCGUUUGAAAUACUAUGCGUCAAAGUAUUGUUUCCCCUCAGUCUAGUUAGUGACGUCUGCUAAUGGCUGUGGACAAAGGACUGUUCUCUUUAAAUAAUCUGCAGUAACCGUCUCCACAUGCACAGACUGGUAGGAUACUGGGAGCACACUGUGGAGACAGGCAGGUGUUUAAAAAGCUGAGAUCUUUGAGAGAGCUUCUCAUUCAUUUGUGAUGGUGGAUAGCAAAGCUUUGUGGCAGAGAAGUUGCAUUUUUGGAAGCAGCUUUAUUCCUCACUGAUUUUGAGUCAGUCACCACCCAAUGGAUAUAAUGGUUUCAUUUUUGCCACACCCUCUGAACCCAUGUUGCGAGUCGACGAUAAUUUCCUACCAGUGUUAAAGGAGAGGAAUGCUGUGAUUUUUCUGCUAAACCACAAGGUUUAGUUUCAGGCAGAAGAUUUUACAGUUAUGUUAAGGUUUAUGAUUACAGAUUGUUGGGGUAAGGGAAAGUUAGGGGGCAGUAGACUUUCAUCUCUGCCCAUUACUACAGUGGAAUCAAUAAGAACACCACUGAUCACUGUGCUUUUGAUUUGCACAAUUAUUGCCCACAAUAUUCUUAUAUUGACUUAAGUUGGUAGUUUUGAAUCAAUCAGUUUGCUUUACAGCAGAUUUAACUUCAAAACAUUGCACUUUGAUGUCCAGUAUAGGGCUUCAACUAACGAUUAUUUUCAUUUUUGAUAAAUCUGUCGAUUAUUUUAUCAUUUAAUCGGUUAGUUGUUUAGUUUCUAUAACUACAAACUGCAUCUCAUCUGUUGUGAUAUGACAAUGAAUUGUAAAGUGUCAGAAAACUGUGGAAAAUGUGUUUCCCAAAGCCCAAGAUGAUGUCCUCAAAUGUCUUGUUUCAUCCACAACCCAAAUAUAUUAAAUUUACUGACAUAGAGGAGAAAUUAAACUAGAAACAUUACAUUUAAGAAACUGGAAUCAAAUAAUUUUUCUUAAACAAUGACUCAAACCGAUUAAUUGAUAUCAAAAUAGUAGCCGAUUAAUUUAAUAGUCGACUACUAAUUGACUAUUUUAUAACUCGUUGCAGCUCUAUUACAGUAAUAGGUGUAAAACUUCAUAGUACCUUUUUUGAGCUUGAGUUCUGGUGAGCUACACUCUUCAGUACAGCAGUGUAAUGUCUAUUUAAUGGGUUUUUCAUCCUGACAUAAUGCACUCUAAAGUCCAGGAGGAAUCUGAUGAAGGACGGGGUUUUGAUUCCUGGUAAUGCAACUGAAGCAAAGGUAAAGAGGAAUCAAAAGCCAUUAACAGUAUCAAGGCGCCAACACCCCCAACCUCCACUGCGAUGUCUUUAUAUACACUCUCAGUUAAGACGAGAGUCCUUUUAUGCUGCCAUGUCUGACAUGAGUCACACUGUGCCAGGCUAGGUGUCGAGCUGUUUAAUAUUUCAGCAUCCAGACACCCCCCAUCGACGAUCCCAGACCACAGUGCAGAGCCACAGGGGAGCAGACAGGCAGGUCAAGUGUUCAGUGGGGUGUGAAUUCGGAGCAAUGGGUGGGGAAAGUGACCAUAGACACAAUCCAGUUCAUCUAAAGAGACAGAUUGUUUCACCAGUUAAUAGUGAACAAUAAAAGACCUUUUGGCAAACAGUAACUGGCACAAAGCAGUACAUAACCGUAUUUAAACAAACCUCUUUUAACACACUCUCCUUGUAUAGCUGUAAAUGUUGUAGUUGAAGAGACAUUUAAUGAAGAAAAGGCUCAUUUAUUUGUUAUUGUGGCCAGAUAAUGGCUGAUGAAUCAGACCCUUCUGCUGCAGUUUUAUUGCUUUUGCCAAGUAUUGUGUAGUGGCGCUGUUGUAAAGCACUGCACUGAUUCAUUCACUAACGGUCUGUAAAGAAAAAGUUUAUUUUUUGUCUCCAACAAUAAAAGUCUGUGUAAAAGUUGAAA